AUGCUGUAUACUUUAGCGGGAGGAGGCACGCUCUGCGGUCUGGCCGCCCUCGUGCUUCUCAUCGUUUCCACGGCAACCGACUUCUGGAUGCAGUAUCGAUACUCGGGGAGCUCAGCCAACCAGGGGCUGUGGAGAUUCUGCAUCAACCGCAAAUGCCAUGCCCACACCAUAACUGUCGCUUUCUGGGAUGCCACACGGGCCUUCAUGAUCCUGGCAGUGCUGAGCUGUUUCGCUGGUGUGGUGCUCGGCCUCAGCGCUUUCACUAACGGCACCAAGAACAGGAGGGUCCGCACAGGCGGCAUCGCCCUGGUCCUGUCAGGUUUCCUUGCUCUGCUAGCUUUGGCGAUUUACACCGGAGUGACUGUCACUUUCUUUGGCAAACGCUUCUUGGACUGGCGCUUUUCCUGGUCCUACAUCAUUGGCUGGGUGGCCAUCAUUCUGGCUUUCGCAGCAGGUGUGUUUCAGCUCUGUGCUUACCAGCGGACCACUGCAGAACCUCCUCCUACAAAUACCCCGGACAGCUGA